GACACACUACUGAUAGGGCGGGACCAAGUUCUGACGGCGAUGGUGAGUUUGGAGAAUGCGCAUGAAGACUCGGACAAACCUCAGCUGCACUUCUACUACCCAAGCUGUCUCAACUUCAGGAAGAUCAGCCCUGUACAGCCGGCCAAUGUUCUCGUUCUGUGCAAUGAUGUGGACAAUUCCAGACGGCUCAAUUCGGGAAAUUUAACCUGUGAUGUAGAUCAUCCUAUCUUCCCAAAACAUUCCCGUGUAACAUUCAGUGCAGAGUUCGACAUCUCUGAUUCUGAGACAGAAGAAAGGACGGCAAAUUUUACCAUCACCGCAACCAGCGGAAACUCUGUCCGGAUCACAAAUGAGAGCACCCUGUCUCGGACUCUGUUUCUCCGUUAUACAGUCAAUGUGGUAACCUCGGGAAUCGAGUAUACACGGCACAUCAAUGUCACAGCUGGAACACAGGAGGUGCGGCUAGUCAAACAUUCCUAUCAGGUGGAGAACUUGGGUGACCGCAGCCUGCCCAUCGGACUGACACUUGCAGUUCCGGACCUUCUCAGCGGGCAACCAUUCUGGAACGUCACCGUAUCGUCACAAAACCAGAUGAACCAUUCUGUCUGCCCACCGCCUGUCAAGAGAGACACGUGGCUGGAGAGGAUGUCAGUUCAAGACAGACGAGACAGUGUCAGUGAGGACUGUGGGAUCGCACCAUGCAUUCUGCUGAGGUGUCACGUUUCAGAACUGCAGGGGCACAAGAGGCUAAUCGUUGACAUCCAAGGGGAGCUGAGGACAGAGGCAAUUACCCAGCUGAACAUUAAGGAGCCGAGGCUUGUAACCAAGUUACGACUCAGUUACGACGAGGAUAAAUACGUGGAUGUAUCGAAUGAAAACAGUCGCUCAAAGGAAGCUGUGAUAAAAUGGAAGAUGGCUCGGGCAACUGCAAUGGCACAGGUUCUGGGAAUGGGCCAGGCCUGCUCCAUGUACAAUAACAGAGAACGUACCCACACCUGA